AUAGCAGGCGAGAGAGUGAACGUCUUCUCGCCACCGCGGCACCCCCUUCAAAUUACAAUUCCCUUCAGCCAAAAUCAGGCCUCCUCCCCCCUGGGUCGUGGGGGUUGUUUUGACCCAAGCUUCACGCCGCGUAUCGGUACUUGUUUUGUGCAAACUUCGUCUGUGCCCAAGCGAAGGUGGCAGUUCACAGGACGAGGAACAAAAAGAUGAUGCUGCUGCUGCUGCAAAGGCGACACCGACGGCUGCUCUGCGGCGUCAGUCUUCAGGGGCCAGCUCGAGACGCCGCUCCGAUUUUGGGAGGAAAAAUGCCGGGAAACGUGACGGGCGAGAUGGAGGGUGCCAUCCUGAAUGGUACCGGCGUGGCCUACGCCCCGGCAACUUCGAACGGCUCACAUGUGGUGCCCGCAGAGGCCUUCACCGCUGCCCUCGCCUCCAUCAACGCCACGCUCAACGGCUCGUCGCAGCACGCCCUGGACCGCAACGAGGAGGUGGCCAAAGUCGAGAUCGCCUUACUCUCGAUCAUCUUGUUCGUGGCCAUCGUGGGCAACGUCUGCGUGCUGCUGGCACUCAUCAACACCCGCAAGAAGACGUCGCGCAUGCAUCUCUUCAUCAUGCACCUGAGCAUUGCGGACCUGGUGGUUGCCUUCUUCCAGGUGCUGCCGCAGCUCAUCUGGAAAAUCACCUACCGCUUCAACGGCUCCGACUUCCUGUGUCGCGCCAUCAAGUACCUGCAGAUCCUGGGAAUGUUCGCCUCCACGUACGUGCUCAUCAUGAUGGGGCUGGACCGCUACAUUGCCAUCUGCCACCCUCUAAGGACGCUCCGCCAGUCUUCCAAACAGUCCUACCAGAUGAUCUUCGUCAGCUGGUUCCUGAGCAUGCUGUUCAGCCUGCCGCAGGCGUUCAUCUUCUCGAUGUCCGAAGUGGAGAACUCGGGCAUCAUCGACUGCUGGGCUGAGUUCAUCAAGCCCUGGGGCACCAAGGCGUACAUCACCUGGAUGACAGGCUCAGUCUUCAUCAUCCCGGUGAUCAUCCUCAUCUGGUGCUACGGCAUGAUCACCUUCGCCAUCUGGAAAAACAUCAAGGCCAAGACGCAGGAAGGUGACAGCAGACACAACCCAGCCAAGAGCAGCGCCCCUUCCAGGGUCAGCUCGGUGCGCAGCAUCUCCAAGGCGAAGAUCCGCACCGCCAAGAUGACGUUCGUCAUCAUCAUGGUGUACAUCAUCUGCUGGACCCCGUUCUUCUUCGUGCAGAUGUGGUCAGUCUGGGACAGCUCCGCGCCUUUUGAAGGCAUCCCAUUUGCCAUCGUCAUGCUGCUGGCGAGCCUCAACAGCUGCACCAACCCCUGGAUUUACAUGUUCUUCAGCGGGCACCUACUCUACGACUUUGUGCGCUACUUCCCGUGCGGGGCGCGCUCGCGUGCCCGCUCCCGCGAGGCGGACGAGUCGCGUGCCAGCGACAGCAGCCGCCGGAAUCACACGUUCGUGAGUCGCCUGACCAGGAGGAGCCUCACUCUCUCGUCGGGCUCGCAGCACGAGGAGGCGUCGUCGCGCACCACUAGCCUCUCUCCCGUCGCACGAGUGCCCAAGACGUACUUUGCGUGAGCCGUUCGCGUCUUUAAAAAAACAAAAACAAAAAUCUGAUUCCCAGGGCUUCAUUUCGGCUGGGGGUUUGUUCGGGGUCAGCUGCAAGCACAGGCACAUCCCGUACACGUCUCGCUCCGGGCUGCGGCGGCUACGGGUCUCACAGUCAACCCGGAAAGUAUUUCCGCACCCGGCACACCACUUCCAGUAUGCUGUUCGUUAUGACUGUGGCUGCCAGGUAAAGUGCCACUCCCGCCCCAUCCCCCCGCCCACCCAGUCUACUGAAGUCUACCAACGGGCCAGAAAAUAUUUCCGCAGCCAGCAGAGCAUAUCCAUAAUUCCUCUAGCUAUGGCUCUCCGUGCCACCCACCCCAGUCUUACUGGCGACCCGGAGAACAUUCAGUGAGAAAUUAAGCCCUGCUUUUGUCCCCUUUGUGUAUUUUUGAGAUGUGUGAGCGGUUGGUGCAGAAUAUGUACGUCGUGAACUCCGUCGAUGGUCCCAGCAGUGUGCUAGGGAUUGACAUUUUGCGAUUGAAGGGAACGCAACUCGCUUGCUUUUUGUGACUUUCAUUGCAUUGUAAAAUAAUAUAUAUACAAACAUUCCCAGCUUUUAGAAAACUCCAGGGCACGAAGAGACGGUGUGAUGUUUAUGAGUUAUUGGGCAUUCCGUGCAACUGCAAGCAAGAUAAUUCAGGGAAAGAGAGAGAGAGCGGGAGAUAUUUUUGUUGCCAUCAGUAGGUGGAAGUGGCCAUGCAGAUGACAGCCAUAUUUAGUUUAACACGUAGGCUUUCGCGACCAUAUUUAGCAUGCAGUCAAGCUCGAUGGAGAAAUUUUUGUUGCAAAAAGUAGCGCGGGUAUUUGUGAUUUAUGCUCUUACACACAGAUACCGAGUGGUAAUGUUUAGGUAUUGUACACAGGAAGGAAUAUAUUAGGGAGAGUAUUUUUUGCAAGCAUGCGCAGAUAUUUGUGAUUGUGUUUAAAAUACAAAUGUUUUCCAAUAUAUUUAGAAGACUAAAAAAAAGUUGCAACCACACGGAUUUGUGUGCAUAUGUAAAAGUGAGUCUAAUUUUUUUGACAAAAUGUAAUAGUGGCUUAAAUUGAGCUCAGUAUUAUAUGUACAGUUAUGUGUAUUGGAAAAUAUAUGAACUUGCAUCGAAUUAAGUUAGUUUUACCAAUCAGCUUUUCAUAAAUACAGUUACAUCUUAUCACUGUGCUCGAUACAAUUCCGUAGCCAUGAGUGUGGAGAGGGGGGAGGGGGGGACCACCCCUCCUCUCGACAUCAGUGCCGUCCCCCCCAAUCCAAAUUGUGAUAUGUACCAAAAGACAUUGUUAACAGGGAAAUUUGACAACCUCACGCGCCUUUGCCAAAGGUACGCAUGGCAACAUUCUUUAUUCCUCCAAAAAAAUUAUCGGAGCAACAAAGGCAUGCAUUUUAAUGGGCAAAAAAAACAUGCCCCAUCUCAGAUUUGCUGACAACAAAGUCAUUAGAACAACGUCCAAGCGAAAUGCUUGAUCACAACGGAGGAUAAAACGUGUGCAAGACGGCCCAGGACACACGGCACCGCUGGAUUUCCGUAUUCUUGAUAAAAUAAGUAGAAACGAGGGAUCGUGAGUUCUUUCUCAGCUACAACAUCCACCCACCGGUAUUUUGGUUCGGUGUGUACCAUCAUGGAGGUCGAGCACGCUCGAAAGUGUGCGGUGGAAUGGAAAAAGAUUGAGCACUCCUCAACCGGGUCGAAUGUUUCACAACGGUGAAUGUAUGUACGGUAUUGUGAACUUCUUUCGCACCGUACAUAGCCAACCGUGCUAAUCGGAGGUGCGGGAAACUGUAUAACCAAUUCGCGACUAUAACCAAUUCGCUAAAUCCUAUCGUGACUCCUGCAGCCAUUUUAAAUGACGCACGAUAUAACUUGUAAAAUCCACUAAAGGAUACGAUCUGCCCAUCAGGAGACGAUAUUUACUUCUAAUAGAUUUUUGCUGCAUAAAUCUGGUCGAUCCGCUUCGUAACCGAAGACUGCACCCGUAGUAAACAAUGUAUUCAAAGACAAUGACAGAGAGGGUUUAGUAAAGUAUUUAUUUUAUUUAACGUUUACGGAAUGUGUAUUAUAAUGUUACUUUUACCUUGUGCAUGUACGUGACGUAAGAUGAUUUGUUUUGCUUCUCUUUCAGCCGUUUCAGUUUUUUCCUAGACGUCAGCCGCCUGCCGACGUUGCCAAAUUUUGUAUAGCGAAGCAUUCACUUUGUCUUCACACAUCUGUUUACAGUUAAAAAAAUGUUAUCUGUAAAUGUACCCAUCGUGGAAUAAAAUAUAAAAUAUAUUUGCUUCAA